ACUAAAUACGCUGUUUCUCACUAGAUGCUUCCUCAGACAACACUGAAAGCACAGUUGAUUGACUGUGAGCUUGCCUAACAGGCUGCUUGAAAGUUUCCAUCAGAACAAGGCUGUCAAGUCCUCCUGUCAGAUGCUUUUCUUACUCUCUGAUGUUCCUCUGCCUCUCUCUAGUGAUGCUGUUUUACUUCCAGAAUGAGUUGCACUGGAGCUGGAAGCCCCAUAGCACUGCAGCCUGUCGUUAUCACCACACGUUGUAGCUAAGAAGUGAGCAGGAUGCCCCCAGGCAUUUACUGCCCUAUGGAAUUCUGGUCCAAGGGGGAAAACCAAAAUAUCCAGGUGGACUUUCUGCUGCCCACAGGCAUAUAUUUAAACCUCUCUGUGUCCUGUAAUGCCAGCUUGGGCACCAUCAAGCAGGUGGUGUGGCAGCAUGCGCAAUAUGAGCCGCUGUACCACAUGCUCAAUGAUCCCGAGGCCUAUGUGUUCACGUGCAUCAACCAGACAGCGGAACAGCAAGAGCUGGAAGAUGAGCAACGGCGACUUUGUGACAUCCAGCCCUUCCUACCAGUACUGCGGCUUGUGGCUCGAGAAGGCGACAGGGUCAAGAAGCUUAUUAACUCCCAAAUCAGCCUACUCAUUGGGAAAGGUUUGCAUGAGUUUGAUUCUGUGCAGGACCCAGAGGUGAAUGAUUUCCGCAUCAAAAUGCGCCAGUUCUGUGAGGAGAGAGCAGCAAAGCGGCAGCAGCUUAGCUGGGCAGCUUGGAUGGAGUACAACUUUCCUUUGCAGCUGGAGCCAUUGGCCAAAGGCCUUGGGACUGGCCCCCUACAUACCCCCACCAAGAACAUUUUUGUCAACGUCAAGUUUCAGUCUGGCGGGGAGAGCUUCACUUUCCAGAUCUCCCCAAAGGAGUUCCCCAUCACAUUAAUGAGCUAUGCUAUCAAGAAACAGGCUACUGUCUUCCGCCACGAGACUGUGGAGAACCCAGAGGAUUAUACCCUGCAAGUGAAUGGAAAAUGUGAAUAUCUCUAUGGGAACUACCCCCUGUACCAGUUCCAGUAUAUCCGCAGCUGCCUACACCAAGGCCUAACGCCCCACCUGACCAUGGUACACUCCUCCUCUAUCAUUGCUAUGAGAGAUGAGCAGACCAACUGCAUUGCCAACGCCCCAAAGAUGGCUGCCAAGCCUCCCCCGCUCCCUAAGAAGAAGCCAAACUAUGGUUCUCUCUGGUCCCUAGAGCAAUCCUUUUACAUUGAGCUGGUGCAAGGCAGCAAGGUCAAUGCAGAUGAGAGAAUGAAGCUGGUGGUGCAAGCAGGUCUUUUUCAUGGCAAUGAGAUGCUGUGCAAGAUGGUGUCAAGCUCUGAAGUGAACGUAUGCUCAGAGCCGGUGUGGAAGCAGAGGCUGGAUUUUGAUAUUAACAUCUGUGAUCUUCCCCGUAUGGCGCGGCUCUGCUUUGCCCUCUAUGCUGUCAUUGAGAAGGCAAAGAAGGCACGUUCCACCAAGAAGAAGUCCAAGAAAGCUGACUGCCCAAUUGCCUGGGUGAAUGUUAUGCUCUUUGACUAUAAGGACCAGCUGAAAACAGGAGAGUGCUGCUUGCACAUGUGGUCCUCCUUUCCAGAUGAGAAAGGGGAACUUCUGAACCCCAUGGGUACAGUACAUUGCAACCCCAACACAGAAAGUGCAGCAGCCUUGGUCAUCUGCUUCCCCAGCAUUACAUCGCAUCCUGUAUAUUACCCGUCAUUUGAACAGCUGCUGGAGUUGGGGAGAAAUGGAGAACAACCCCGUGCUGUGCUGGAAGACCCUGAGGAGAAACUGCAACUGAAGGAGAUACUGGAGCGGAGGAGCCACACUGAGCUCUAUGAGGAUGAAAAAGAUCUGGUCUGGAAGAUGAGGUAUGAUAUCCGUGACCAGUACCCACAAGCUUUGGCAAAGCUCCUUAUCAUCACCAAAUGGAACAAGCAUGAAGAUGUUGCCCAGAUGAUUUCCCUGCUUCAGACUUGGCCAGAGCUGCCUGUCCUGAAUGCCUUGGAGCUGCUGGAUUUCAGCUUCCCUGACCGUUACGUGGGCUCCUUUGCUAUCAAUUCAUUAAAGAAGCUGACAGAUGGUGAAUUGUUCCAAUACCUCCUACAACUUGUCCAGGUGCUUAAGUAUGAAUCCUACUUAGACUGUGAAUUAACCAAGUUCCUACUGGACAGGGCAUUAUCCAACCGCAAGAUAGGCCACUUCCUAUUCUGGCAUCUAAGGUCAGAAAUGCAUGUCCCUGCAGUCGCCUUGAGGUUUGGCCUGAUCCUGGAGGCAUACUGCAGAGGCAGCACCCAUCACAUGAAAGUUUUAAUGAAACAGGGAGAAGCACUCAACAAGAUGAAAGCUCUGAAUGACUUUGUCAAAGUGAGUUCUCAGAAGGCCACAAAGCCUCAAACCAAGGAGAUGAUGCAUAUGUGCAUGAAGCAGGAAACUUACCUUGAAGCACUUUCCCACCUCCAGUCUCCCCUGAACCCCAACAUUAUCCUCGCUGAAGUUUGUGUGGAGCAGUGUACUUUUAUGGACUCCAAGAUGAAACCUUUAUGGAUUGUGUUUAAUAAUGAAGAAACAGGUGGAGGUGGAGUGGGUAUCAUUUUUAAAAAUGGAGAUGACCUUCGUCAGGACAUGCUGACACUGCAGAUGAUACAGCUGAUGGACAUCCUGUGGAAGCAGGAGGGCCUGGACCUGAGGAUGACCCCUUAUGGCUGCCUCUCCACAGGCGACAAGACUGGACUGAUAGAAGUAGUCAUGCAUUCAGAUACCAUUGCCAACAUCCAGCUGAACAAGAGCAACAUGGUGGCCACUGCAGCCUUCAACAAAGAUGCACUGCUGAACUGGCUAAAAUCCAAGAACCCAGGUGAAGCAUUAGAACAAGCUAUAGAGGAGUUCACUCUUUCCUGCGCCGGGUACUGCGUGGCAACAUAUGUACUAGGAAUAGGGGACCGGCACAGUGAUAACAUCAUGAUCCGGGAAACUGGCCAGCUCUUCCAUAUUGAUUUUGGUCACUUUUUGGGGAACUUCAAGACCAAAUUUGGUAUUAAUAGAGAACGAGUUCCUUUCAUCUUAACCUAUGACUUUGUGCAUGUCAUCCAGCAAGGGAAAACUAACAACAAUGAGAAAUUUGAAAGAUUCAGGGGUUACUGUGAAAAAGCUUAUAUGAUUCUGCGGCGCCAUGGUCUUCUCUUCCUGCACUUGUUUGCACUGAUGAAAGCUGCUGGCCUGCCAGAACUCAGCUGCUCUAAAGACAUUCAGUAUCUAAAGGAUUCCCUAGCGCUAGCAAAAACAGAUGAGGAGGCACUGAAGCAUUUCAGACUAAAGUUUAAUGAAGCCCUUCGAGAGAGCUGGAAAACCAAAGUGAACUGGCUGGCACACAACGUAUCCAAAGAUAACAGGCAGUAGAGCAACUGAGUGAGCCUGUGCACCUGCUCCAAGAGAAUGUAAUACCACUUGCACUGAGUCCAGCAUUUGUAGACAGGUUUCUAAAGACUGAUGAAUGUUGCCAUGUUGAAGAUCCCUCACCUGCAUACCUAAAGAUCAGACAUUUCUGCAUGACUGAAAAUUGUUGGACUGUCAUCAGCUGCGUAAUCAUGUCUGCUCUAGAUCUGUGGGGACGAAGGGGGAGACAUAAGGCAAUAAAAUUACUGCAUACAAAGAAAGGUAGGUAGAUGUACUGUAUCCUUAAGAACUUGUUAAACUUCAAAUAUAUCCUUUAAUGGAAGAGUUUAGACAGCUGUAAUAUCCUUUAAAAUGGUUGAGUGUAUUAAUGUGUCUGUUUCUAUUUUCUUGAAAACUUAGCUGAACAUGGAGAAUGUGCUAUCUGUAGCUCUUGCUCUAGGUACACACCCUUACAGCUCAGAGGCAUUAACUCACCAUGAGAUCACUCCUCCUACCCUCUUUCAGUGUAUAGCAAGAUCACCACUGCAACAGACUCGGACAGGGUAAAAAUACACAUAUUGUCACUCUGUUAGAGAGGCCAAAGUACUCUUAACCUGAACUGGGAACCCAUCUAUCGGUGUCAAAACUGAUGCCAGCAGAACAUGUUCUGGUUGGCCAGUGGAUUAGGUAUUUUUGUUUCCUUUCCUAAACCAGGCUUUAUUUCAGCCUCAAGCAACUCCUGGGUUUCUGCAUUUAUUUUAUUUUUUAGCCUGUGAAUAAUAGGCUUGCAUUUUCAAAACUCCUAUGCAGCACUGGUUGCUACAUGUACCUCCUGCUGGGCUUUACCACCUGGUUUCCCUGUAGCACGGGUGUGCAGGGCCCUGGCCUACACCUGCAUGAUCACUGGGACACAACACUGCAGUUCCAGUGUCAGCUGGGACAGACAGUGCUAUUCUGCGGCCCAGCUUGCUUCCUGUGUUAGGAUAGAGGAGUGCCAGAUGAAGGGGUUUAACACUGAAAAAUUACUGUGAGUAUGAGGCAAUUAGAAUUAUUAAGUUGCAUCUCCACUCCCAUCCUUUUACAAGGAUAUUCCCCGUUCCUUUCCACACUCCUCCUCCUCUGAGCUGGGGUGCAGAGACUGCAUGUCCAUGUGGGGGUUCAGCCGAAGAGCAAGCUGCAGUUGUUGGUGCUUGCACCUGCAGCUGGACAUUUCCUUCCCACGCAGAAUCUCUCCCCUCGCCCUCCCCACACGGUGCUGUAGCUAAUCAUACAUUUCUACUCCUGUGUUGUAUUCUUGUCUCCAGCUAGUAUCCUCACCUGGUGGGCAGGUUAGAGCACUGGUGUUGCACAGGGACAGACGGGACAGGAGCCGCUGCUACCACGCGGUGCCUCACGUGAGCGUAGCGAGGGGCGUCAAGCAGGCUGCAGCCUGUGGGUCAUGCUGGAAGAUAAGUGGAGUAGUCUGGUUAGUACCUGCUUCCUUUAGCAGUUCCCUGUGGUGCUUCCUUCCAUCUUCCCAUGUUCUCUACAACAUUAUGUUCCAAUGGAGGUGCUAUCAUUCCUGCCUUUUCAGGAAUGGCAUAGUCUAAUUUUCAGCUUCAGAACUUUUUGCAGAGCCUCCCUAAAGCUAAAUCAGACCUUUGACUUUUAUGUCCUCAACUAGGUUGAGCAACAUAUUUUUUUUUUAAAUCACAGAACAUGUGGGUAAAAAGGAAUACUGCAUUCCAUGUACUGAUUCUCAGCUGACAAGAGAUGUAUGCAGUAUCAAAUGAUGGACUACUCUGUUGUGAUUAAUUUUAGCUUCAGACCUGGUUUGAAUUAUUGUUGACUAAAAUUCCCACAAAAAAAUUCAGGUUUAGGACAGAGACCAAAAUGAUAACUAAGUUUAUUCCUAUUAACUCUUCCCUGUCAUGGGAAAAGUUUGAUAGUGUUUCUGCAUUCAGCACUUAAAUGCAACUCAUUCCUGACUUUCAGGUCUUUUUAAUACUUUAAAUCAAGUACCCCUGUAUUUGGGACAGUGGAGUGGAUGACUGCUCUAUAUUGCUCUACAAGUCCAUCGGUGUUUGGGUUGGGGGGGUUGUUUUGUUUUGUUUUUUUGAGAGAGAGGACAAGUUAAAAUAUAUUUUUUUUCAUCAACUGCUUGGCUAUUUUAACAUUGCCUUUAAAAAAAAGUAACUUCUGUCCCAGAGUAGAAAGGAAUAAUAGAUAAAAAUUAUCCUAUUUCCAUUGAUGGACCAAAAUAGUAUUUACAUCUUUAAUAAACCUUUCUCUCAUUGUCUUUACAUAUAAAUGUUCUAGGAGAUCAUGGUUUAAUGUUAUGUUGUAGCUAGUUUCAGUUCUGAUUUAAAGUACUUACUGGUUCUUUUCAUAAAAGAUAUUAUGCUAUGAAGUCUAUUCUAGUACGCUAAUAAAACCCAUACUGUUUUGUAUAUAUUAAUAUAAACCAGGUUGCCUCUUAUAGAGCACUUGAUCCUGGAAGAAGCAGUUACAUAAAAGCAAACUCAUUUUAACUUCACUUAAUCCUCAGAGACCCCUUUUAUACUUUUCAAAUGAUGCUGUAUGCGACUGAGAUGUGGUCAGCACAUUUCAAGAUAGAACGGCUUGUGCCCUUUUAACUGACCCAACAAUUAUUUAUUACACAUCCUUCUGUAAUGGUUCUUCAGCAUAUCAUUCAAUAAUAAGUGAAAUAUUCAAUAUAUCAUUCAAUAAUAAUAGUGAAAGCCUGUUUGCAGCUACAAAAAGCAGUUGUUUUUUGUGUACUUUCUCUGUUUUACAGACCUUAGUUAGUUAGCUAGAACUGAAAGCCUUGCUGCAUGUCUUCCCAUAACUGUGGAUUUGACUAAAACACUGAGAAAACAACAGUGGAUAAACGAGUACAAUCAGACCUGCAAGAAAUGAAACAACAUCUUGAUUGAAGCCAGCACUUUAGAACUGCUGCUGCUUCUAGAGAUGAGACUGGACUAAAACAAACUUCCUGUAGUCUUUGAGCAUUGUCCUCUGUGAAAGGUGAGCUUUCUGCAAUGUACUAUAAAUUACUUUCACUGAUGUGGUUUCUCUGAGGCUAGAACAUUACUCACAGUUUUCUUGAACUGAACAGCAGUUAGUGGCCUCAGUUUUCAAAUUUAAUCUUAAAAAGCAGUGACUCCCUAUUUGUCAUUAGCAGAAUACUGUUAAACUGAGCUGAUCAACAAAUUAUGAAAUAAAUCAGUGGACAUAUUUUUUAGCUAAUGUUUUUAAUAUUACAGGGAUGACUUUGCAGUGCCAAUUAUAUAGCUUCAUGCUUCACAGGCUAGAAGAGCUUCCAGAUGGCACAAUUUAAAAUAUCUUAUCUUUUACAUCCAUAUUAAAAAAAAAAAUCAGUACCAUAAGAACUUGGACAACAACUCCCAGCAGCUAUGGCAGCUCACAGCAAGCCUGUUCUUGCUCAGUGAGAUGCGCUGCACACCAGCUGAUGCCACUUCCUGUUUAACAUGCAGGGCUAACACAUACAAACAACUUCUGCUCAGCAUCUUGGUUGUGCAUUAAAACUCUGUCACUUGCCCCUCUGUGGUGAUGUUUGUACAAGGUCCCACCAUCAUCCUCUAACCAGCUGAUGCACUCUCUUCUAAUUCUGUGGGAUUUUUUAAGGGCCAGAUUUGUGGAAACCAAGUGUUCUGCACUCCAGCUUAAUGGAAUGCAUAGAAAAGUUACUGCCAUCGCAGAAUACAGCAAGGUGGGCAGGGAUCCUGCUGAGAUUAAAUAGGAAAUAAAAGAUAGAAAAAGAGGCCCACCGCUCAGUCUUUUACAGUUGCUUUGAUGUUCAGAAGAAAAUAAUGCAGUGAUUUAGAUCUCUUUGCAUGCUAAUCAGACAAUGACAAAACAGGACUGCUACGCAUUUAAAUAACCACUCCCUCAGAAGUAGGUGUUUACAGCCUCUUCACGCUCCUCCUUUUGGGUUUGGUACAUCCUGACUUUGCUUACUUGUGGAGCUGCUGAUGGCUGUGUAACUUUGCUCUAUUUCAGAGAAUGAUAUGAUAAUAUUGCUAUUUCCUUCCUUAUUCAACUGAUUCAUGGAGCAGAAAAGGCAAGUAUGUAGAAAUAUCAGGCCACAUGCAAGUUGAGAUGCACUCAAACCACAACAAUCUAAUCAGUGGUUUGUAUAUUCUCAUAGGAAGGAAGAAAUAUGCUACAAUUCUUUAAACAUAAAUGCAAUUCUCUUACCUUACCACAAGCUGAAAAUCCAGGGUCCUGUCUGUUGUAUUGCAGCAAGGCGCUCUUAGUUGAUCGUCUCCUUAGUCACUUGUCAGCAGUUGGUUUGCAGGCUCACAGCAGUUCAUACCUUCAGUUUCCAGAAACUCAGGCUCUAGUCGAGUUUUACAGAAGUACAAAGCAGCACUGGCUCACAUCGUCUGUCCUUCAAUUUUGUAAGUAAGUGCAAUAAACAAAGUUACAUUACCCUAAAUUGCAAGAACUGGGCAAUUCCAAAGGUGUUCCUCAAUCCAGCACCCAUUACAGAGGGGUUACUUUUUUCUGGAAGACUGACUUCUACAAAAAGUAAACACAUCAAUCAGUCAUCAAGUGGACUUUCUCCCUUGUAUGCCACUGGAAUAGUAACUGUAUCUUGAAUACAAGUAAGAAGGUUGUAUCAGGUCAGCAAAGAUGCUUUCUCUCCAAAAUUACAAAGCAGUAUCUCAUCUGAUAAUCAUCAUUACAAUUCAGCUUGCUGGAGACUGAAACUUAAAUCACUUCCCCCCCCCCCCCAAAAAAAAUUAGAUUUCACUGUAAAUAACUACCCUCCCUCUGAUGUUAUAAAUAUGCUCAAAGUGAUACCUUUUACUAUUUCUAUUUAUUUAGGGAUUUUUUUUGUGUGAUUUUUUUUUAACUCUGUACAAACUGAUUGUGCUUAUUCUGUUGCCUUUGAAAAAAGAGGUAUUUUUUUUAAGUCAGGCCAUGGUUCUGUAGGAAGAGAAUGUUUACAUGUUUAACUUUUCAGUUGCUUGAAGUACAUGUUUUGUAAGUCUAAAAAUAAAAAUGAUUGAUAAAUUAGA